AUGUCUGCAGCUAAUUUUGAAGUGUGUAUGUCUUUGCAGCCUUUAAAAAUGCACUGCAAGAGUUGUGCGUUGGUAACCAGCUCUGGACACCUUCUGGGAAGCAAACAAGGCGACAGAAUCGAUGAGACGGAGUGUGUAAUACGAAUGAAUGACGCACCUACCCGAGGUUACGGAAAAGAUGUUGGAAACAAAACGAGCCUCCGAGUCAUUGCACACUCCAGCAUUCAGAGGAUUUUGCGAAAUCGCAACGAACUCUUAAAUAUGAGCCACGGUGCCGUGUUUAUCUUCUGGGGUCCGAGCAGCUACAUGAGGAGAGAUGGUAAAGGCCUGGUGUACAAUAACCUGCAGCUGAUGAAUCAGAUACUGCCUCAGUUAAAAGCAUAUAUGAUUUCUCGCCACAAGAUGCUUCAGUUUGAUGACCUUUUUAAACGGGAAACUGGGAAGGACAG